GUCAACGAAAUUUGUUCUUAAUUACCAAUACAGCCAUUGCUUGACAUCUUAAGCGUCAUUUAUACACAGCUUUCGGCAGACGCGGGACAGAAGAUAAGGACUCACAGUUAUCAUUGAGUUCCGCUGGAAAAUCUGGCCUCUAGCAUUAAACCACGUAUGCUCACUGGUCCUCCUUGUCCCUCGAUCGCUUCUGAAGACUUUAUUUGAAAGUUCCGAAGGAGUCGGGCCAGGACAAUCGUCUCUGCAGCUUUUUAAGCAAUGGAAGCCUUGAAAAUUUGAAAUCAUGAAGAUUCUCGAAGCAAACAAAGAGAAAGAGAGUGAAAGAUAACACAGACAGAGAGAGGUUUCUUUGAAAAGAAAAAGAUAAUUAAAAAUGGAGCGAUAUGAGAUACUGAAGGAGAUUGGGUCAGGGAACUUCGGGGUGGCAAAGCUGGUCAGGGAUAAAUGGAGUCGUGAGCUCUACGCUGUCAAGUAUAUUGAGAGAGGCCAAAAGAUUGAUGAGCAUGUACAGAGGGAGAUAGUGAAUCACAGAUCCUUGAAGCAUCCAAAUAUAAUAAGAUUCAAGGAGGUGCAGAUAACGCCAACUCAUUUAGCCAUAGUCAUGGAAUAUGCUGCUGGAGGAGAACUAUUUGACAGAAUAUGUAAUGCUGGUAGAUUCAGCGAGGAUGAGGCAAGAUAUUUCUUUCAACAGCUUAUUUCGGGAGUGAGUUACUGCCAUUCGAUGGAAAUUUGUCAUAGAGAUUUGAAGCUGGAAAACACACUUCUAGAUGAUAGUUCGGCUCCGCGUCUUAAAAUAUGUGACUUUGGCUAUUCCAAGUCAUCUGUAUUACAUUCUCAACCCAAAUCUACCGUCGGAACACCGGCUUAUAUUGCACCGGAGGUCCUGUCAAAGAAAGAAUACGACGGGAAAAUUGCAGAUGUUUGGUCUUGUGGGGUAACCCUAUAUGUGAUGCUGGUUGGAUCUUAUCCCUUUGAAGAUCCUGAAGAUCCAAGUAAUUUCAGAAAAACCCUUCAGAGGAUUCUUAGCGUCCACUAUUCAAUUCCAGAGUAUAUUCGUAUAUCCACGGAAUGCAGACAUCUUCUAUCUCGAAUCUUCGUAGCUAACCCUGAAAAGAGAAUAACCAUCCCAGAAAUUAAGAAACAUCCCUGGUUCUUGAAGGACUUGGCAGUAGAGUUCAUGGAAGAAAAUGAAAGCGGCUUGCAUUGUAAUAAUGGAGAAAGUGAGUCAUCCCAAAGUAUUGAAGAAAUACUGUCAAUAAUUCAAGAGGCUAGGAACCCAGGUUUGGGUCCCAAAGUUGGUGGGAAUAUUGUUGGAGGCAGCAUGGAUUUUGAUGAACUAGAAGCAGAUGGUGACACAGACGAUAUGGAGACAAGCGGUGAUUUUGUCUGCGCAUUGUGAUUGGUAGCUUGUUUGUAUUAUGCAUCUUUGGAGGUCAAGUUCAUGAGUGAAAAGCGCUUGAGAUGGGGCACUUUUUUUCACGUUAAAGGGGAAUCAGAUUCUCUGUAUGGAGGAUGAUGUUGAAGGCUGUCCAUGGAGGCUGGCUGUCUUUCUCUCUAGAUGUAAAGAGCAUGAUCAAAGCUAUCCACUUUUUCUUUCCUGUUUAAAUUUGUAACUAUUUCAGUUCUGUUUUUCGCUAUAUAUAUCUAAGUUGUGUUUGGCAGCAUCUGUGACUUGUUGCCAAGAGUUCUAGUUCAAA